AUGUCGAGUAACAGGAACUACGACUUCUUGAUCAAGCUGCUGCUAAUCGGAGACUCGGGCGUGGGCAAGUCAUGCUGUCUGCUGCGGUUUAGCGAGGACUCGUUCACCCCCUCCUUCAUCACGACCAUCGGCAUCGACUUCAAGAUCCGGACAAUCGAACUCGAUGGCAAGCGCGUCAAGCUGCAGAUCUGGGACACAGCCGGCCAGGAGCGCUUCCGGACCAUCACAACAGCAUACUAUCGGGGCGCCAUGGGGAUUCUCCUGGUCUACGACGUAACCGACGAGAGGUCGUUCAACAAUAUCCGUACUUGGUUCGCCAACGUGGAGCAGCAUGCGACAGAAGGCGUCAACAAGAUCCUGAUCGGGAACAAGUGCGACUGGGAAGAGAAGCGGGCGGUAACCACGGAGCAGGGCCAAGAGCUGGCCGACGAGCUUGGGAUUCCGUUCCUCGAGGUCUCGGCCAAGACGAACCAGAACAUUGAGGAGGCAUUCUACAGCCUCGCGGCCGACAUCAAGAAGCGCAUCAUUGACACAUCCAAGAGCGAGCCGGCCCAGGGCGCAUCAGUCAACGUCGGAGAGCAAGGUGCGUCAACAGGCAGCAAGUGCUGCUAA